AUUUUGAUAUGCGUUGUCCAUCUGGGAAAAAAACAAAACUAUACAAGAAAGCCAAACUUGAAAAAUUUGCACAUUAUCUAUUACCAGAUGGACUUGUCUUACGACUGUCAGUAUUUGAUGACAUGGAGUUAACAGACUUGAUAAUGGGGAAAGAGUUCUAUGACCAUCGGAAGGAUAAACUCCAUACAAGAGUGCAUAACCACAGAACUGGUUGGAUCACUGAGUAUUUCCAUCCUGGGAGACCUAAGCAUCUUAAAGAACACUAUUACCGAGCCAGUGCGCCUGAGGCAGAGAAUGAUCGUACUAUGCAUUUCUACCAUGAGGCCAGAGUGGAUGGCCUAGUCACUCGAACAGAGACGCCUUCGACCAUGACUGAAGACUUAAAAAACAGGGAUGAUUUCCUUUUUUACAAGUUUGUCCAAUUUGGCAGGAGAGUAAGAAAAUUUGGCCCUCAGAUUGGGGAGGCAAACAGUAACUCUAGGCCUAUUUUUAAAAUGAUUCAGAGAUUUGAACGAAACCCUAAUAAACCAGCCAAUGAAGACAUACAAGAACUGAUACAUUUAGUUGCUGAAGAUAAGAUACAAAUUACUUAUCAUACAGAUAAGGCCAACAUUGCCUCUUCAACUAGAGAGUUUAUUAAACCCCAGAACUGGGAUGAAAAGGGUGCCAUGUUGCCUUGGUCACCAGAUAUGCAUGAAACAUUUCAGGUCGAUCCAAAUGCUGAUCGCAGCAAGCAGGUGGUGUUAUAUGAGAACCUUCUCAACCUUUUAAAAAUUGAACAUUUGGCUACAGAAGCAGUUCGAGAGUCAGAGGAAGAGGUGAAGGAAAUCCUUAACAACAGACACAAAGAAGAGAUAGAAACAGAACUUGAGAUCUCUGUGUAUGAUACUGAGAGAAAUGAGAAGGCAAAGAAACACAGAAGAGAACUGGAGAAGCAACAGAAGGAGGCCAAGAUGAGAAGACAGGAAACGGAAAUUGAUUACCUGGCUCCAUUCCUGGCUCAGAUGGGUGACCCAGAGAAAAUUAAUAGAGCACAAGCAAUCAAACUCAAGGAAGAUUGUUUGGCAGACUUGAAGCAGCGUCUGAUUGAUAAGGCAAAUCUUAUCCAAGCACGAUUUGAGAUGGAAACCCAAGAACUCCAAAAGAAACAGGCUUGGUACCAACAGAACCAAGUGUCAAUGUCAAAGGAUGAUGAGGAGGAGUACCUGAACUACUGCAGUGAAGCCAUGUUUAGGAUUCACAUUCUAGAACUCAGGCUUAACAGACACAAAGAAAUGGCACCCCAUAAAUAUAUGGCCCUGGAGCAGAAGCUUCGAAAUGAUCCAAGAUUAGCAGAACAUUUGUAG